GUUGCUUGCCAACGUUUACCCUUCUUCUUCGAAACUCUCGCUCUCAGUCCAACCUGCAUGAUAACCAUUCGAGUUUCAAAGUUCACAAACGAACGCCAUACUGGGACAAGCAGAGGAUAAGGGAGGCUGGUUAAUAAGUGAUUAAUGUCUAACCCAGCGUGCAACUGACAACAGCCUAUGUUAUCAUCCUUUAGCCUCGUUCUUCUGAGCGAUAUUUAUGGAUUAAUUCUGCGCCAUGAUGACUUCGUCAACAAUGUCUCGCAACAUGUUAGCAGUUGUUUUACUCUGUGUGUUUCUGCAGAAUGUUGCCGCAAGGCGAGAUAUAUUCAAAUGCGACUUCGAGGACCCACGUUCAUCACUCUGCGGGUUCAGGGUUCGACACCCCCAGAAGAGCUUAGAGCAUCGAGAAGAGCAGUGGGAUGUACGUCGUGCGUCACAGAGCAGGGGUGGAAGGGACGGCCCUACGACUGAUAGGACAUUCGGUAUCCCACAGGGUUCGUACGGUUACACCAAAGCGACGAACCAAACCGGGAGAUAUUUCUACAGCUUCCGGGUGAUGAUCGUGUCUCCGAGUUUGGUCCUAUCGAGUGGGCGUGGUCGGCUGAGUUUCAGUGCUUACCUCUGGACACACCUCCACCCGGUUCAGAAGGCGGACAAUCUACCCACCUUCAGGGUGAGAGGGUGUGGUGAUGAGAUUAGCUGGUCGCUGCAGGGACGCACCGCAUCCUGGCAGGAUGUGGACAUCCCCAUCCACUGCAACAAAACAUUUGAGUUGGUGUUGGAAGUCAUUCACCGGAUGCCGGGGUCAAGUGUAGCUAUAGACGACAUCCGGGUCACCAGUAUGCUUGAUCUGAAGGACCACAUAUUCAACCGAGUGACGUCAUCCUCCUUCAACCACUAUGACUUUACAUCAACUACACCUCCAACCACGACGACAGAAGAAGGGGCUUCGGGCAACAGGUCCCUUCUUAUCACAUUAUCUGGGCCUACCAUCGGCGCUAUAGUGGGGAUUAUCCUCGUCAUACUCCUUCUCAAUCUCCUUAUCUUCAUCAUCCUCAGAUUCAAGGUUAAAAGUGGGAAGAGGAGGCAGGCCAGCCUGAGACGCCAGAACAAUCCAAGUAACACGAACGAACCAUCGCAAGGUACAGAAGCAGGUGUUAACAACAAGGACACCAUCCCUGCAGAUCGCCGAAAGAAACAUUACAUCGACGAAGACAACUACAUCGUACCUGACGAAGGUUUCUAUACCGACGAUCUCGAGAAUACCUGCGAUUCCUUCAUGGAUACCUCCACUUCAGGAGACAUGCAGAGGUCAUGUGAAACACACUACACCGGGUUGUCCAUUGUUAGGACGUCCUUGAAAGAAGGGUCGUGUGAGAGUCCACAACCCGUUGGUGAACAGAAAUAUUCUACGGCACUAGAGCGACCGGCAAUUUCGUAUUCUGUGAAACGGAAAGCGCCUCUGAGACCGACGUCGUCUUUGCGUUCGAACGAUGGAAGAGAGGAUUCGUCCGCGCCGAGGAAACCGUUAGCACCGAAUCCGCGCAAGGAAUCGCUGACGCCAGAGGCUGUGGUGUUUUAUCCAAAUGGGAGGAGAAAAGAGUCUAUACCACCUGAGCUAUCGUUGUCGCCUAGAGGAGGUAGAAGGAAAGAAUCGCUGACUCCGGAGGCUGUAAUGUUUAAUCCUAAUGGUAGGAGAAAAGAAUCUUUAACCCCUGACCUGCAAUUGUCUCCCAGAGGGGGUGGAAGAAAACAAUCGCUCACUCCGGAGAUCCCUUUGCCGCUGUACAAAAGAAAGGAAUCCCUCACUCCAGAGAUACCCGUCAUGUUAGUUACUGGAAGACGUAAAGAUUCGGUAUCUCCAGAAAGUCCAGUAGCACCGAAGGUUGGCAAGAGAAAGGAGUCAUUGGUACCCCAAGGCACUGGAACAUUACCGGGCGCGGGUAAACGAAACGAAUCUCUAACGCCUGACACACAGGUGCCACCACAAACUGGAAAGCGGAAGGAGUCCUUGACGCCAGAGAAACCAACUAUUUUAGUUCCGGGGCGACGCAAACAGUCACUCACACCUGAAGCGCCCUCUUCUAUGCCACCAACAGGCAGGCGUAAAGAAUCCCUGACCCCUGAGACACCAACAAUGCCACUACCCGACAUCCCUCGCAUAGUACCCCCAACGAUAAAAGUCAAUGAUGCCUGGUCAUCCCCAGGCUACACCGAGCUAUCCUACAUCAGAAAAUCAAUCCGCAAGGACUAUGAAAAUACGCAGAUUGAUGAAGUUGACAACAGCGACAAGAUCACCAUACCAAAGGGCAAUUUGUUGAACGUCAGCCAGGACGAGACUGGUUACCUUACGCCGUCGGGUCUAUCGGGUGGCCUCCCCGUCUACGAGUCUGCAGAUCCCGUCAAGUUUGCUCGGGAACGGGCCAAGAGGAGCACCAGGAAACUCAUACACGAAUACCAUGAUCUCGGUCAUUCGAACAAUAAAUCUCAUCCGCAGUAUGAAUCGACGGUAAUACUUGGUACAACACCUCCGCAACGCAUGACGAUAUCCACCAUAUGGGACGCAGACUCAGACUACGAAGAAUUGCAUAUCUGAAUACAUGUAUAUAAACUUCGAUAUUUAAAUGUUCACCCUAGAUGUGCUGAUCUAGCGUUCAACAUGGCACCAAACAUGUCUUUAAAUGCAACAAUAACAGCAUUGGUGGCAAUAAAGGACGCAUAUGAGACGAGGAUUCAAUUUAUGAAAAUGUAAAUCUCGUCUAUAUUCGACGAUAAGUGAUAUCUAUGCAUUCGUAUGAUCUCAAAUGAAAUGUUGGAUGGAUUGAUUAAGAAAAGAUGCGAAGAAUAUCGUGAAGUUUCAUAUGAACUUCGAGCAACUAAUUUUGAAAGUCCAUGAACACCAUUAGUUGUUUACUACGAUCAGGCUAGCUAAAAUUAUUUCUUCAAUUUUGUAAAGCAUCCACUUUGUGCUUGGACUGGUACAAGGGCGAGGAUGUGUUGUUCUUUUCAAUUCAACUUGCUGAGGUGUAAGGAUUAUUGUUCUCCUACUUCUAGCUUCUUUUGAUGAAAGACUAUGUCAUGGAAUGAUGUCAAACUCUUGUAAUAAGAUAUUAUAAUUUUGCAUUUUACUUCAUUCCGUGGUGAAUGUUUUCAUGUUUUCUUUAAAAAAAAAAAAAACUUCUGACUUAUGGUCUGAUCCCUAUGAAAUGUGUAGUAUUGUCUACAAGCAUCGAGUUAA